UGGUUGCUACGGUAACCCGUGACGUCAGUACUCCCAAGCUCGGGCCGUGUCUUGGUCCGGUGUGAUUGGAAGGAAAACCCGUGCACUGCCUUCACUUCCACGGGCUCAAAGAAUCAGCUGCACCUUGGUACGCCGACAUCUGUCAGCACCCAGAAAACAGUCAUCAUGAGUGAGGCACCUCAGAAAGAUCUGGUACAAAAGGCCAAGCUUGCCGAGCAGGCUGAGCGCUACGACGACAUGGCCACUGCCAUGAAAACGGUGACGGAGGACAGCGAGCAGCUCUCAAACGAGGAGCGCAACUUGCUGUCAGUGGCUUACAAGAACGUGGUUGGUGCCCGUCGCUCGUCCUGGCGUGUGGUUUCCAGCAUCGAGCAGAAAGCUGAAGGCAGUGAUAGAAAGAAGGCCAUGGCCCAGGAGUACCGGGAGAAGAUUGAGCAAGAACUCAAAGACAUCUGCAAUGAUGUUCUGGGAUUGUUGGACAAGUUCCUCAUUCCUAAAGCUUCUACAGCAGAGAGCAAAGUCUUUUAUUUGAAAAUGAAAGGGGAUUACUACCGCUACCUGGCUGAAGUGGCCUCCAAGGAGGACAAGAAAGGAAUUAUCGGAGAUUCGCAGGCGGCUUACAAAGAGGCCUUUGAAAUCAGCAAAAUGGAGAUGCAGCCCACUCACCCCAUCAGGCUCGGUCUCGCCCUCAACUAUUCCGUCUUCUUUUACGAGAUCCUGAACUCACCGGAAGAAGCUUGCCAGCUGGCCAAACAGGCUUUUGAUGACGCCAUUGCAGAGCUGGACACUCUGAGUGAAGAAUCGUACAAAGACAGCACACUAAUUAUGCAGCUUUUGAGAGACAACUUGACGCUGUGGACAUCUGAUAACCAGACUGAAGGAGACGACGCAGAAGAGGCCAGAGAUUGAGCCAGACCGUUGUUGUCAUUCCUGUCUGCCUGCCAUCUCAGGUCAUCUUCACCACGAUCAUCUUCACUUCGACCACUUCAUUUUUGACAUCAGACUGUCUGUUUUUUCUAUCAAGGGGAGCAGCUUUCUCCCCCCUUUCAGUUUAGUCUUCUGUAGGAACUGGGAGCAGUGGGAGGGGUAGAGGGGGGAGGUUUCUACUGGGUGUAGCAGGACGGGUUCACAUGAAUGCACGGAUGCUUGGCUGUUAAUCUGUUUCUGAAUAUUAAGUUCUAAUGGUGUUACAUUAAUAAGGUGCUGGGUGAACAGUUUUUCCACUCAUGAAGCAUGUAGCAAGUUGAGAUUUUUAAGGAUAAGUCAUUUAGAUCUGAUUUAUACUCGACUAACGAACAGCACUGUUUAGGUAAACCGCUUUUUGAGGAGGCAUUGAAUUCUCUCAGAAACGGCGUGCUCCUCAACCAAACAGAAUGGCGCCCCAGGUCAAUACGGUGGUGGUGGUGUUCUGCUGGAAAUGAAGGGCAAAUCUUAGAAAGGUUGCAUUCCAUUUACUGUUAGCUGUUCAACCUGCUUCUUCUUUGUGUUUUAUUUCUGGAGGGAGGGGUUGCUUUUGUAUUUCUAUGUAUCUAUUUUGAGGUAUGGAAUAUUUGAAGAACAAAGAGCACACAACCCCAUAUUGUUGCUGUUUUGUAUAAACGCCUCAUUAAAAAACAUCCAUCGUAGUUUGCUGCUUACUCCAACGGUUUUCUGCAUUUUGUUUUUCCUCUUUUUAUAUCCAUGUUUUCCUUAGAGCUUCGGUAAGGAUUUGAUUUUGAAGAAGCAAAGAGGUUUUUUUUGUGGGCGGGUUAGCUUUGUUUGUCUUUGGCAUUUUCAUACCGAACACCAAAUCAUAGCCGUUAUUUGGGAGGAAAUGUCUUCUUUCAUGUAAGUGGAAUAAAAAAUAAAGUAAAAACGUUG